AUGAAGAGCCUGGAUGAGGCUCCUGGGAGUGAAAGUGUCCGAGAGAACAACAACUGGGAGCGAGAAAACCAAUCAGAGACAUCCCAUAAUAAGAUUCUUUCUGAUCCAUGGAAACCAUGCCGACGGUCACGCGCAACUGUCAAAGAGUGUCUGGUGAAGCUGAGCUGUUGUUUGGGAGCAGUGUGUGGGAUGGAGUGGUAUGGCUACGCUGUUCUUGGAAUUUUGACUGCCAUCCUCAGCUUUCUGAUGGACAUGAGUGUGACAAAGCUGCUGAGAGCUCAUCAGUGGCUUUAUAUGAAACUGGAGGGCAACAGUCUGCUGCAGUUCUUCUGCUGGACUCUUUACCCAGCAUGCCUCUGUGCUGUCGCAUCGUCGUUCUCCCACAACAUCUGUCCGUUCUCCACAGGCUCAGGGAUACCAGAGGUGAGAACCAUGCUGGCUGGCAUUGAAAUGCCCCACUACUUGUCUCUGACUAAUAUGUUUACCAAGUUUCUGGGCCUUAUCUGUACACUGGCAGCCGGCAGCACUGUUUUCCUGGGCAAAGUGGGUCCGUUUGUGCAUCUUUGCACCAUGGUUGGAGCCUACCUGAGCAACCUCUGCAAUCUUAUACAAGCCGAUAAGAAGGAAGAAGCUGUUGGAGAAAUGCUGGUUAUUGCUGCUGCUGUCGGCGUCGCCAGCUGCUUUGGAGCUCCCGUCAGCGGUGUGCUGUUCAGUGUGGAAGUGAUGAGUUCUCACUUCGCCCUGAGGCAUUACUGCCCGUGUUUCUUCUCAGCCGCCUGUGGUGCAUUGACCUUCCGCCUGCUCUCAGUGUGGAGUGGAGAUGGAGAGACUCCUCAGGCGUUGUUCAAAACUAAUUUCCCCACCGCUGUACCUUUCUACCCGCUGGAGAUUCUGCUCUUUGCCUUCCUGGGGCUGCUGUGUGGAGCUGUGAGCUGCUGCUACCUCGGCUGCCAUCGCUGGAUGCUGCAAUUCUCCAAAACAAACCCGAUCUUCAACAAAAUGCUGACGACAGAGAAGGGUCUAUACUCAGGCAUGGUGGCCUUCCUCCUGGCAGCUCUGACAUUCCCCCACUGUGCGGGCCAAUAUAUGGCUUCUAAGCACACCAUGAAGCAGCUUCUAACCUCUUUACUGGAUAGCAGGCAGUGGAGCUCUCAAUCCCACAAUGCCUCUGUUCAACUGGGGCCAGAGCCUUUGUUGGAGUGGAGCUUACCGGGGAGUCCUGUCUACCUACCUCUGGCUGUCUUUCUGCUCAUGAAGAUGUGGAUGUUGGUCCUCGCCUGCACUCUGCCUCUGCCAGCUGGAUACUUCAUGCCAGUGUUUGUCUACGGAGCAGCUUUGGGCCGUUUGCUUGGAGAAGGAGUAGCUUAUGUGUCUUCCACUGGACUGACUUCAGACCAGCAGUGGGCUUCUAUAAAUCCUGGGGGCUACGCACUUGCUGGUGCAGCAGCCUUCUCCGGGGCUGUGACACACACCGUGUCCCCAGCUCUCCUGGCUAUAGAGUUAACAGGCCAGUUCAGCCAUGCUGUACCCAUCCUCAUCGCCACUCUGCUGGCCAAUGCCCUGGCUCGCUCCGGGCACCGGCCAUCUUUCUAUGACGCACUCUCUAUCAGCAAGAUGCUCCCACACCUGCCCUCCCUGAGGAAGGCAAGCCCUCGGCUUCCCUCCACACCAGUCGGACAGGUUUUGGGAGCGAUGCCAGUGCAGCUUCAGAAAGCGGCUGGACCGGUGGAGGUUCAGCGUGCUGUCAACGCCAGCACUGACACACAAAUCCCUGUGGUGGACUCAUAUGAGUCGCAGAUUAUACUGGGCUUUGUUCUCCGCGCAGAGCUGCUGAUGUUCCUGCAUCAUUGUAACACUGAGACUCUGGAGAAACAUCUGGAUGAGGUCUGCUGCAUUUACCCAACCUCCGUCCUGUUAUCGCCUCACAACACCGUUCAGGAGGCUCACAGUAUCCUGAGUCUGGUUGGUGCUCAGACCUUGUUUGUUGCAGACAGGGGAAGGCUGCUCGGGCUCAUCACUUGGCCAGAGAUGAAAAGAAUAUUAGAAGACUUGGCCAAAGAAAUCUAA